AUGGCUGGUACCUUUCUUUGUUUGGCUUUUGCUCCUUUGCCAGAAGCUUACUUGGUACCUGCUCGGCUUGGGGAGCCAUUUUCGGUGCUACCGUACUGGGAGUUUUCCGGUGUCUUUGUAGCUGAGCAAUUGCCAGCUGUUGUUCCUGGUAAGUCGAAGAACACACUUACGACAAGACCUAGAAGGUGUUUCGAGAAUAGUUUCACUUGUUACAAUCAUCAAUCAUCAGAGAUAGCUAGCAAUGCAAUGCAGUUCUUGAGUCGACCGUGGAGCCCAUCUUCUAGUGAUUUCCUGCAAAUGUUUUCAUCAAGUAAUAAUCUCUUGUUGAAAGACACAGAGGAUUAUGAUGCAGAAAUGCUGGACAGCUCAAGCAACAGAGCUAUAACCAACAAGCACUACAUUAAGUUGGACUUGCAUCACAUGAAGGGAUGGCUAAAAAGCAAAUCUCCAUUUUCCUUCUUUAGAUCAUCGCAUCAAGAGAAGAAAGAGAAACUCCGGUUACAAACUGCAAAAUUACAUGCUCUACUUUCUCUCACACAGCUUGCUUCAGCAAUUUCUGGCUUUGCCAGCAAUAGCAGCUCCGGAAUUCUAGACUCACAGCAAAUUAAUUGGAGCCACAAUAUGGGUAAUGUAGUUGCUUCUGCUGCAGCUCUGAUGACAACAGUAUGUGCCGAGGCAGCAGAAUCUCUGGGAGCAGGAAGAGCUCAGGUUGCAUCUGCAGUCAAUUCUGGCCUGGCCAUCCAAACUCCUAUGGAUAUGAUCGCAGUGACAGCAACAGCAGCCACAUGUUUACGAGGAGCUGCAAUUCUUAAAUCAAGAGCCUUGGAUCAUUCCUCUCCUAGGAUCCCAGAGAUGCUCACUGCAGGCACGCGAAUAUGGAUAAUAAUGCCCUCAGGACAUAAAGAGGACAAAUGGGUGACCCUACACCUGAAGCAAAACCAGCUCAUACUGAGCCUCAAAAGGAAGUAUUUUGGAGCUUUAACAACUUCAAAAGAAUACAAGCUUAUCAACAUCAUAAGAGAAUGUUUUGAGGCUCAAGACGAGUACUUUGUUAGCUUGAAGACGAACAAUGGCAUCAUCAAGCUUCUUUUCAAAGAUGAAACGCAAUCAAGCAUCUGGAUAUCUACCAUUUCCAGUGUCUUAAUAUCCUCUUGA